AUGAAGUUUGGCAGAAACCUACCGCGCAAUCAGGUCCCCGAAUGGGCGUCCUCGUACAUCAACUACAAGGGCCUCAAGAAACUGGUAAAGGCUGCAGCAGAAAAGGCCAGGAAUGGAGAAAAGGUGGACCCUGCAGAAUUCUUUUUCGCCCUUGACCGAAACCUCGAAGAUGUCGACUUUUUCUACAACAAGAAACUCGCUGAAUCCUGCCGCCGCCUGAACCUCCUCUACAACCGCUAUGGCCGCACCCCCGAUGUCGUCUCUGCUCUCGACCAAGAUGAGGUUGAGGAAGUUAUGGGCGCUCUCCUCGAGCUGAGAAGCCAGCUGCGCAACUUGCAGUGGUUUGGUGAGAUUAACCGCAGAGGCUUUGUCAAGAUCACGAAGAAGCUUGACAAAAAGGUCCCGGACCUUGUAACACAGCACCCUUACAUUUCAACCAAGGUUGAUCCAAAGCCUUUUGCCAAGGAGGCAAACACGGCGAGGCUCUUGACUGAAAUCAACAAGUGGAUGUCUGUUUUGGCCGAGGCCCAGACUUUUGACGAUGCCAUGUCUGACCACUCAACUCGCUCUCUGGGUCGCGCAUCAACGAAAGGACUGCUAAACCUGCCACAGGCGCAGCUUGACGCGCUUGAUCAGGCGGUCCGGAACGAUGAUGUUGCAGCACUCGAGGCUGGCCUCAAGGAGAGCAAUGUCAGCUCUGAAGAUGGCUCCAAGCCACUCCUCUUGAACCUCCUUCAGCGAUCCAUCUCUGCACGGGCGAAAGCAUCUAUCGCCUUCCUGCUCUCUAAUAUCAAGAGCCUCGAUGAACCAGACGACAUCAAUGGCCGCAACUGCAUUCAUCGCCUUGUCAUUCAUAUUGGCCGCACAAAGUCGAACCCCGGAGACCAGGAAUCAAAGUCCUACCCUGUGCCUGCAGGCUCUCAGUUCAGCAACAAACAUAUCCAGGCUGGAUUUUCUGCAACCGGUGCCAAGGCACUCAAUACAAAUGAGAUCCAGCUUCUUGGCAAGGACGAUGAAGUUGUACAGCUCUUCAUUUAUCUCCUUGAUCAGCUGCGCCCAGAACAGCGAGUUGCGCUUAAGAGCCGUGACUCCUUCGGGCGAAUGCCGCUUCACUACGCAGCCCAAUUCGGAUUUGUGGUGGUCUGUCAAAUCAUCAUGGCCAAGAUGCAGGAGUGGAAUCAGUUCAAUGUCAAAGAUGGCAUUGACACGCCUGAGUGGCAGGAUCAUGACGGUUGUGCUCCGCUUCACCUCAGUGUUGUUGGAGGUCACCCUUUGACAACUCAAGCUCUCUUGCAGGGUGAAAACUGGCAGGGGAGCAGUGAGUCAAAGGCCGAGAUUCGCAAGUCCAUCUCCAAAUCAGGAGCCGUCUUGGCUCUUGCCACAAAAUCCAACUACAGCACUAUCGUGCAGAUGCUGGUUGAUGCUGGCGUUGACCUCAACUGGAGAGACAAGACUAAUGAGACUGCUCUUCAUGUUGCAGCCCGAUUUGGCCACGCUGAGUGUGCUCGAAUCAUUAUCAAGGGCACCGAGCUCCAAAAGGGAGACCUUGAAGCCACGGAGAACACGUAUGCAUGGACUCCUCUCCAUGUUGCGGCCGUGGACGGCAAGCUCAACGUGGCUGAGCUUCUUGUCGAGGCUGGAGCCGAUACCACACGCAUAGACUCAUCCGGCUGGACCGCUAGAGAGCAUGCUGCCUUGAGAGGCCACAUGGACAUCGCAAGACUCCUUGCGGUCGACACGGUAGAGGAUGAGCCUCCAUCCCGACCUGUCGAGACCCUGCAGCCAACUCCCUCAGAGAUGUCGUCCAUCGAUGAGCGGCGCUCCAAUGGCGCCUCAAGCGUGUCGCGGUCCCCUGAGGCCGUCAAGAGUUUUGGUCACCGUUACCUAACGGAUGAGAGCCUUGUUCUCGUGAGCUUGGGGUCUAUGGACAUGCGGAAGAAUGUUGAGCCAGUGAGCUUGGAUCGCAUCCCGCUCACUGAAGCUCAUAAUACCCAACUCGACACUGCCUUGUCGAUUGUCGUGGCCGCUACUGGAGCCCAGGGUGAGCCGACGAUUAUCGAUCUCCCGGUGCACGACAACAUCGCCACGGAGCCUAUUGUUUUCAUGACAAAAGACGCCACCAAGGUGAAGCUCCUCUUCGACAUUGUUCCUACCUACUCUGGCAACAACCAGAACAAGGUUGGACGAGCUGUGGCUCUCUUGUCUUCUGUGAAGCCGACAUUGGGGUCUCGAAGAAUGAAUCUGCAAGGCGAUGUUUGCGUUCCUAUCAUGUCCAGCAGUUUGGAUGUUAUCGGAACCGUCAACUUCAACUUCCUGGUCAUUACCCCAUUCCAUCACCCCAAUAUGGAGGUUACCUCAAGACAGACCUACUGGAAGAAGAUGUCAUCAACCAUGAUUAUCGGCCAUCGAGGACUGGGCAAGAACCUCACAUCCAACAAGUCCCUUCAGCUUGGCGAGAAUACCCUGCCCUCCUUUAUUGCUGCGGCCAACCUUGGCGCUCAGUACGUCGAGUUUGACGUUCAGCUUACCAAAGAUCACGUCCCCGUCAUCUACCACGAUUUCCUCGUCAGCGAGACAGGCAUUGACGCUCCUGUUCAUACGUUGACCCUAGAGCAGUUUCUGCACAUCAACCCCGACACUCGUCGGGGACCUCGUCACACUUCAACGAAGCCUGUGGCUGAGGGCGAACCUGGUGGCUUCCGAGCGCGUAGUAAUAGUCUUGCGCCGACACGCUCGCAGUCGAUGGGUUUCGCUGGCAGUGGGCUACAGGACAUGGACGAGCGCAUGAAGCAUACCCGUGACUUCAAGUCCAAGGGCUUCAAGGCCAACUCCAGGGGCAACUUCAUCCAAGCCCCCUUUGCCACCCUGGAGGACCUCUUCCGCAAGCUGCCAGAAAACAUUGGGUUCAAUAUAGAGAUGAAGUACCCCAUGUUGCACGAGAGCGAGGAACAUGAGAUGGACACUUAUGCCGUGGAACUCAACUCGUUCUGUGACACGGUUCUUUCCAAAGUAUACGACCUGGCUGGUGAACGACACAUCAUCUUCAGCUCUUUCAACCCCGAUAUUUGUCUUUGCCUGAGCUACAAGCAACCGUCCAUCCCCAUCCUGUUCCUCACGGACGCGGGAUGCUGCGAAGUUUGCGACGUUCGUGCCUCGUCCCUCCAAGAGGCUAUUCGCUUUGCGAGCCGUUGGAACUUGCUCGGCAUUGUUUCCGCCGCCGAGCCCUUUAUCAACAGUCCUCGCCUAGUCAAGGUUGUGAAGGAGAACGGAAUUGUGUGCUUCAGCUACGGCACCUUGAACAAUGAUCCUCUCAUGGUUCAGCGUCAAGUCAAGCAGGGCAUUGAUGCCGUCAUUGUCGACAGCGUCCUCGCCAUCAGGAAGGGUCUCACAAGUGGAGAGACUCCGUCGGAGUCAUCGGUCAACGGCGAGGCAGAAACGAAUGGCUCCCUCAAGCCUGACCAUUUGCUCAAGGAACGGCUAGAAGAGUUGACCGUCAACGGCGCCGGACCUUGA